AUGGCUGUAUAUUUAUGUCUUUUUGCAGUGCUGUUGCAGUUGACAGCCCCCCUACAAGGUGAGAUGGUUGUUUCAGCUGAAAGCAGUCCUGUAAAGUGCAGCCUGGGCUCCAUGCAAUGCAAGGACGGUUCAGUGUGUGUGCUCUACAGCCAUGUAUGCGAUGGGGAGCCUGACUGCAAAGAUGAAUCUGAUGAAGAGGAUUGUGAACUAGCUUGUAAUGAGGACCAAUUUCAGUGCGCCCAUGGGAAGAAGUGCAUUGACAAGGAUGAAGUGUGUGAUGGUGUACUCCAGUGUCAGGACCGGUCGGAUGAAUUGCAUUGUUCAAAAGCAGAGGGAUGUGUUCACCUCUGUGACAAUAACAGUCGCUGCUUACCUGCAACCUUGCUAUGUGAUGCAGAAAGGGACUGUUUAGAUGGGACAGAUGAAGAAAAGUGUGAUGUGACUGAAGGAACCAGUUCAACCACUAUAAAUCCAGUCAAUCUUGUGUUGAAAGCUAUAAAGUGCCCUUUGGGUUCCAAACCCUGCAAAGACAACAGCGAUUGUGUCAUCUUCAACCAUGUCUGUGAUGGAGAAACUGACUGCAAUGAUGGCUCAGAUGAGGAGGAAUGCUUAUCUACUUGUGAAGAGGACCAGUUCCAGUGUGCCCAUGGUAAAAAAUGCAUAGAAAAGAACCAAGUGUGUGAUGGUGUGCCUCAGUGUCAGGACCGCUCUGAUGAACAGAAAUGUACAAAAGACAUGGAGGGCUGCUCUCAUCACUGUGAUGGCGGGAGCCGCUGCAUUCCUAAAAGUUUCCUUUGUGAUGGGGAGAGCGACUGUUGGGAUGGCACUGAUGAGAUGAACUGCGUUAAGGAUUGCAGUGCCAAUGAGUUUAGGUGCACUAGUGGUCAGUGCAUCUCUGCUACACUGCAUUGUGAUGGCCACCCAGACUGUUGGGAUUAUUCCGAUGAAGAAAGCUGCAUCAAAACACCAGUCUGCAUAAGCAAGAAACGUUGCCCUCAGAGCAAGGAGUGCCUGGUGCAGGAGUGGCUCUGCGAUGGAGAACAGGACUGCAAAGAUGGCACAGAUGAAAAGGAUUGUCCUCUUGUGGCUCCACUGAGUUGUGGUGAUUAUCAGUGGUCAUGCAAAUCAAAGACCAUGUGUAUCCCUAUGGCCUGGAGAUGUGAUGGCACAAAAGACUGUCAUGAUGGAAGUGAUGAAACAGAGUGUGGGUUGGUUGCAUGCCUCCCUUACCAGUUCCAAUGUGAGAGUAUGGAGUGUGUGGAUCAAUCCCUGGUAUGCAAUGGAAUUAGCAAUUGUGCAGAUGGUUCAGAUGAGGAUGGGAGCUGCCAGAUAAACUGUGCAGAACCAGAGAUCAGCCGCUGCGCCCAGGGAUGCUUCAGCACACCACAGGGUCCGCAUUGUCGCUGUACAGUAGGCUACAGACUCGUGGAAGAUGGAAUGACCUGCGCUGAUGUUGAUGAGUGUGAAAACCACCGCUCAGCUCUGUGUAGUCAACAGUGUAUAAAUACCCUUGGCUCCUACAAGUGUGACUGUCACUUAGGCUACAUAAUGGAGGCCGAUGGACACAACUGCAAAAUCAAGGGUGAACCCUUACUGUUGUCGUCAGUCCAAACAGACCUCAUUCUGUUUGGCUUGCACAGUGGCAGCAUGGAUGUAUUGUCUUCUGCGAAGAAGGCAGUUUUAUCGCUGGACUAUGACUGGCAUGAAAGGAUGGUGUUUUGGGUUAGUCUUGACACAGACAGCAUUCGGUGGUCCUCUCUGGAUCACAAGACCAUGGGAACUCUGAUUAGAGGUGUGAGAGCUGAUUCUUUAGCUGUGGACUGGCUUGGGAGAAAUUUGUACUGGAUUGAUGGUGUGAACAAUCAGAUUUUUGCCAUUAAGCUGUCUGCUGGUGAUUCACCAUUCAGCGUUAUCCUAGAUGAAGACCUGGAUCAGCCUCGCUCCCUUGCACUAGUACCAGAAAAGGGGCUGAUGUUCUGGACUGAAAUUGGUAAUGUCGUCAAGAUUGAAAGGGCUGGAAUGGAUGGCUCCGAGAGGAGGGCAGUGGUUAACUCCAGUUUAGGCUGGCCAGGUGGUGUGGCAGUAGACACUCUUACUGACAGAGUCUACUGGACAGAUGAGAGACUAAAGGCAAUAGGGUCUGCAACACUUGAUGGAGAUGACAUUCAGAUCCUACAGAUGAAAGAGACUGCCAAUCCGUUCUCCCUGGCUGUGUUCAAUGACAUGCUCUACUGGUCUGAUGCCAAGAGAAGAGUGGUACAGGCUGCAAAUAAAAUUACUGGCAAAAAUGUCCGUGUAAUCUUGAAGAGACAAAGACAACCAAUUAUCCACCAAAUAUUACAGCAAAGCAAAGAGAAUCCCUGCAAGAACAUGGACUGUUCACACUUGUGUGUUUUGGCCCCAGGGCUCAACGCUGUGUGCAAGUGUCCCCCUGAUCUUAUACUUUCUGAUGAUGAUCUGACUUGCACGAAUUUGGUUGAUACAGCCUUCCUGUUGAUGUUAUCUCCUGCCACUGUCACAAAGAUUUACCUGCAGGCCCGACACACUUCAGAAGAGCUGAAAGGCUGGCCUGAACACACAGCUUUUCAGGUACCAAGUGUCAAUGAAGCGGCAAUAAUGGACUACAGCGUACAUGACCACACCCUUCUCUUGGCUGAUGAUGGCACAACUUCCCUCACCACCUUCAAGCUUAAGGACUUGAAUUUGGCCUCUGAAGGCAAACUUUUUAAACUCCUUGGUGACACAAUUACUGCUAUGGCCUUGGACUGGGUAACCUUCAAUAUCUACUGGAGCAGCAACAAGCAAUCCCGCCUUCAUGUCACCUCUAACAGUAGUGUAUAUACUACUGUUUUGAUAAAAGAUGGUAUUGGAGGAGUGGAAUCAAUUGCUCUCCACCCACCGAGCGGCAGUUUCUGUUUCAACAAUCAGGGUCAGGACACAAGCACAGUAGCUACUGUCGAGUGUGCUAACAUGGAUGGUGGUGAGAGAAGAGUAGUGUGGAAGAACGGAGUCCAACCGCUCUCGCUGGUCUUCUCCAGUAACGGAGAAACUAUUAUCUGGGCUGACACUAGUCUGGAUGUGAUUGGGUCUGUCCGACUUGAUGGCUCUGGAUACAAAGAAUUAAAGGUUGCUGUUGGCUUGGCUGCAGUAACUCUCAGUGAAGAUGCACUGAUCUGGAUGACUGUCAGCGAUAAGACCAGGCUAUGGUACAUGGAUGACCAGCAGCAGAACAAGUUGUGGUUUGAGGUUGGCACAGAAGUGGUUAGCAUGAAGGCAAUUGGCAAAUCUAGUGAGACUGGCUCUAACCAGUGCAAAGUAAAGAAUGGCAACUGCCAGCACCUUUGCUUGGCUACUCCAAGUGGGCGAACAUGCAAGUGUGCCCAUGACCACAUCAAUGUAAAUGCUACCAACUGUUCCCCAGGUCAGCGCUGCCCAGCCGGCAGUAGGUUGUGUCUGGAUGAACUUACAUGCCAGUCUGUAAAGUUCUGUGAUGGACAUGUAGACUGCUCUGACCAUUCGGGUGAGAACUGUGUCAACUUGAUAUCCAGAUCUGGAGUCAAAGUACCUGCCCACACCCAGUCUCCCAUUUCCCUGACUCCACCAUCACCUCAGCCAAUCUCUAACUUUAGCACUACUAGAAAUGUCAGCAAACGACUUUUAAAUUUGAAUGCUCAAAUGUGUAGCCAAAUACGCUGCAGUGGAAAUGGGCAUUGUGUUGAGAGCGGUAUAGAAACAACUUGUGUGUGUUCAAUGGGCUACAGUGGUGAUUCAUGUCAGGAUAAAUCCCUGCCAGUUCCUGUUGUGUUUGGAGCAGCUGCCUUCUGUGCAGUACUGAUCAUUACUGUGAUUGCUGUAAUGAUUAAGUGGAAGAGUGCACGCUCAAGGAGGGCAAAUCCAGAAGCGGUGAAGGAAAUGAGUAUGACUGACCUAGAGAGCAAAACUGCAGUGGCUCCCAAUGCAGAGACUUUAUUAGCAAACAAUGAAAAAAAAGAGAUUGUCGGUUCUUGA